GCUUACUGCUCUUCAUCAUCAUAAUCACGGAGUUACUCCUCUUCAUCAUCAUUACAUUAACUGUCACAGCCUCCUGUGAGGGUCUGACUGCUCCCAGAUCAGCUACUGUCACCAUGACAUCAGUCUGUCCGGGUUAAAUUACACUGUGUAAAUAAAGUCUGAAAGUCUGUGUGUCAACGAGCUGAGGCCAGCUGGUUUUUCAAAGUAAAAGUUUACAUUGUUAAGGUGUUUAACAACUGUAUUGAACUCCUGAUGAUUAUAAAACAGUGACUGAAGCUUGCAGGUGAAUUUAAUGGAAGGAAGUGAGUAGAGCGGCAAUGAUUGAUCUAUUCCUGAUGGCCAAAAAAAAUAAAUAGAUACAAAAAAAUAAAAACAAAAAUAAAAAAUAAAUUAAAAAACUAAAAGAAAAUAAAUAAAUAAAUAAAUAAAAUAUAGUAAAAUGAAAUACAAAUAAUAUAAAAAUGAAUAAAAAGCAAAGGAAAAAAAAUAGAAACUUCAAGGAAAAAUAUGAAAAAUAAAAUAUAAUAAAUAUAUCUUGGUUUUGGACUGUGGUUAAAUAAAACAAAUAUUUCUUCAGACUCUGGGAAUUGUCGGGUUUUUAAAAAAAAUACUAUGUUCUGACAUUUUAAAGACAAAACAGUUACUAGAUUAAUUGUGAAUGAUUGACAAUGACAAAAACUAUUAGUUGUGUAGCCUUAGAAAUAAGACACUUCCUACAAAACUCCAAAUCUCCAGCAAACAACCGGAAACUGAAAGACUAAUUAUAAUGAUACCAUCGGGUAUGAAUUUCAAAUUAAAAUAUUAGCUUUACAGGGAUAAAAUAAAUCCGGUAAAUCUACUUAUUAUUACAGUUUAGCACAUAUAAAAUCCUGCUGCACAAACAGGUUCAAAGAUAAAAUGAGUCGUCUUAAAAUCACAUCAUAAAACCAGGGUGUCUGCAGGUCCUUAAAAAAGUUUUCAAAUGUCUUAAAUUCAGUGUUACAACAAUAAAGACCUUAAGAGUCAUUAAAUAGCCUUAAAUUUGUAUUUGUUAGGUCUUAACUACUACAAACAUUUCAUCUUUUUUAAUUUGAUUAUCCAUUUUUUAAUGUCUGUUCUGAAAAUGAGUGAAGCCUUUCUGUGUAAAAAUCCACAUUUCUAAUGUUACAAAUCUUUAAAAAACUAAAACACUGUCAUUUUACUUCAUACUUGGCAAAAUGUAGACUGACUUAACUCACUCUAAUAACCACAUUCCUACAUAACACCUUAGCUGUGAUGCUUAAAUAACUAAAACAUGAUUUGUUCAAAAAUCUGUCCUAAAUCGGGUUAAAAUGUGUCUUGAACAGGUCGUAAAAAGCAUUAAAUUUAACUGUCUGAUACCUGCAGACACCCUGAAAAUGUUUUUCAAAACAUUCUCAACUCAAGGUCCACUUACUGUUUAUGUGCCAGAGCUUUCAGCAGCAUCUGGCAGUCAGUGGAUGAAGUUUGUGCAGUUGUCAUGGAGAUGACUUGGCUGAUGUCACAUAACCUCAGUUUGAAAAGUGUGAGAAUUAAGCCAAAGUUUUUGUUUGUCUAUCUUUUGUUUCCACAGAUAGGAGUGAAGUUCUCAGACUUUAGCAGAGGAACAUAACAGAGACAUUAAGAAUAAAAUAUGAUGAAUUCAAUAUUAAUGAGCUGUUAAACACCACAGACACACUGAGGGGAGAUCACACAUAAGACAUAAAAAAUAUUAAAAAUGAAUAAUGUGGAGAAACAGAUGGUUGAUAUGAGUGUCAGAGAGCAGUCAGGUCAGACGUGUCGACUUUAUUCUUCCUACUUCAGCUCUUCAGAGUGAACAGGCCGAGUCAGUUGGUUGAAUCAACAGUUCCCCCUUCAGUUAGUCAGAGUCAAUAUUUAGUGACACAGAUCUCUGUGUGAGAACUCGUCUGUGUGGUUAAACCAGUUUUAAUGUACUGAUGUACUGGAAACAAAAACAGCACAGUAACUGACCGUAGAGAGCAAACGAUCAGCGAGUCAAUCAGCGAUCACCAAACCCAUCAGUUAUCCAUCAGGUGACAGUCAGCCUCUGGGGACGGUCACGGCCAGUGUUUCAGGAGAUCCGGUUAAGCUGGCAGAUAUCCGGGACAAGAGUCCUUCUGUGAGCCGGACAUGUCGGCUAACCUCCUGCAACAGAUGAGGAUAGUGUGUAAGGACGUGACGCCAGAGACGCUGUACGAUGUCCUCCACGACACCAGCUACCGCAGGAAGUGGGACACCAACAUGAUCGACACGUACGACAUCGGCAGGCUGACCGCCAACGCGGACGUCGGAUAUUACUCCUGGAAAUGUCCGAGCCCUCUGAAGAACAGAGACUUUGUGACGAUGAGAUCUUGGCUUCCUCUCGGCAACGACUACCUGAUCAUCAACUACUCCGUCAAACACCCGCAACAUCCUCCUAAGAAGGACUACGUCCGAGCCGUGUCCCUGCUGACCGGAUACCUGAUCCAGUCCAGCGGAGCCAACUGCUCCACCCUCUACUACCUGACCCAGAUGGACCCCAGAGGUUCGUUACCAAAGUGGGUCGUGAACAGAGUUUCUCAGUUUGUGGCUCCAAAGGCGAUGAGGAAGAUCUACAAGGCGUCUCUGAAGUACCCAGAGUGGAAGAGGAAGCACAACCCGAACUUGAAGCCGUGGAUGUUUCCGGAGCAGAACUCGCUGCCGUGCAUCAACGUGUCGGAGCUGACGGUGCAGCGAGCCGACUCCCUGGAGAACAUCGACGAGAGCGGACUGAGCGAGGACAAGACGCACAACAGCGACGACGAUGAGACUUAAACAGACUGAAAACACGACGUCUCAUUUCCUGUUUGUGGGUUUGUUUGUUUGUCACAGUGAUGAGAGCCGGACGAGACUUCAGCGGGACUCAGACUGUUUUUAUCUGCACAUACGUUUGUUCUUCUGUCGUCACUCUGUUCUGUCACAUCAGCUCCAGAUCUGCUCCAGUGACGUCUGUAGAUGUUCAGUGUUUCACAGAUUUACCAGUUUAGACCAAUAAAGACACCUGGUUCAGGUGAGGCAAAGAUGGUGGUCAUGAUUCAAGUCUCUGCAUGUCCUCACAGGUGUUCACAGGGGACCUGCUCAGGUUAAAGGUGGGCGGAGUUAAAAUGUAAAUGAGUGAGGUCACUAAACUGCAUUUACUAAUAGCUGGAUUUUUUUCUGUAAAAUGGAAGUUGUUAAAUUAAAUUGGAAUAAGAAGAUGAGAAGACAGGAACAUAUAAUGUAACGGGGCUGCAAAUAAUGAUUUUUUUUAUUAUCAAUGAAUCUGCAGAUUAUUCAUUAAUUGGUCUAUUAAGUGUUAACAACUGUGAAAAAUGCAGUUUAAAAUUUCCCGUAGUCCACAGUGAGGCACAGGAUUAUCACAGGAUCGACUAAUCGUUGCAGCUCCGUAGAGGAGCAGUCAGUUAAGACAUUACAACUCACAACAUGUAGAAACAGGACUUUACAUAAGACUAAACACAGUUAUUAUACUGUAUAGUUUUUCAAUUAAGGUUGACCAUGUCAGACAAAAGGCCAGAAAUAUACUUGUUUUUUAACCACGUGUUUGCGUAAACAACCUGCUGUGUCGCAGUUGGGAGAAAUUUUCCUCGAUGGUUUUCUACCAGAAAGGGAUCUCUUGGUUAAGGUCGGGAAAAAAGUCAUGGUUUGGGUUAAAAUGAAUGGAUUUCUGUCAGACAGGGCUCUCUGGGAGAAAGCCUACAAGGGAAACUUCUGCCAUGUGCAGCUCUGUCUUCAACAGAAUAUUUAACAUACUUGUAAUGCAGGCUACGACGUGUGUUCCUGGAGAAUUCCACCAGAGGGAGCACCAGAGACUUUAAAUUUUACAGAAAAAUAAACAUGGCGACUCUUGAGGUUAAUUUAUUGUUAAUUUUGAGAUCCCGGCAAAAGUAAGCGACAGAGGCGCCAACGUAGCCUGAGUGUCAGACUGAAGCUCCCAGAACCUUCAGUCUGACAUCGCCUCCAUUGAAGGCGAUUUACAAGGGGGAGGGAAUUUGAUUUUUCCCUAACCAAUCAGUAGAGAUCAACGACUCACCCAGAAUCUGACGUCAUUAGUAUCCAUGCCUCGGGGGUGCCGAAAACAAGCGAGCAUUGCCCGUUUAAAAUGUCUCCGUCGUCGUGCACGCCCAGCUGCAUCGCCGUUAAAUCCAGUUUAGCAGCUUCCUUAAUUUGGUCCUCCAUUAACGCGAGUAGUGGCGAAAUACCUCGAUAGCAUCGUUAAUGUGGUCUGUAGGAUCUGUAGCGGUCGCCAUUGUUGCUAUCCUCACCAGUUACCCACCGGCGUACAGCUUGACAUCAGCGUGGCGCUGAUUGGCUAAUCGCUAGACCCGCCCACACCCCCAGCGUUCAUUGGUCCGUCCAUCAUUUGGGCGAGAUAAAUCGCAAAUUCAUAGCAGUAUGCCGGACCAGAGAUGCAAGCCUACUCAGUUGAGUGGGCGGGGUCUAUGGUCUGGAACCAGGCUAGCGCCAACGCAAAUAGUGUGUAAGGCCUUUAAAUCAAGCACGUCAUGACAACGGUGAGUAUGAGUGUGUCUCAAAUCGCUAGCUAGUGAAUGCUAACGUUAGCACUCGUAUCAUUGUUUGUGGUACCAAAUCAUUACUGACCCAACAAACAUUACUACAGCCUUUUUUUGACAACAGUUUUCGUACUUAGUGUAAAAUUCGUGUAGGCUAUAACUAACAGACUCCUUGUCGUCCCCAGCCGCCAUGUCAAGAGUCGAGAAGUUUGCUUCGUCACUCAAAAUAUUAAGUGUUUCGUAAAGACGUAUGAGAUCUGAGACACUGUAUGUUUCUCUCGUUCUGACAACACUGCCCCCUACUGUUCAUGUACAUACAGUAUCACAUUCAUUUCACUCACGUUUCUGCUGCUGACAUCUUGAUACCGAUGAUGGAAGACAGAUCUGGAGCUCUGACAGCUCCUCUUUAAAACCCUGUAACCCUCUAAUGUAUUCACGAGACAGAUUUAUGAUGUUGUGAAUUUCAGGUUAACCUCUCUAAGUAUUAUUCUAUGAUGGGUAUUCUUUAUAUUUUAGAGGUGAUAAUCUGACAGACACAGUACAGAAACAUAGAUAUGAUUAGAUUUUUAUUCUUUAAACAGUUUCAGUAAAUACUGUUGACUCUCGUCUAAACUUCCCGUGACCUCCUGAACUCUGAUCUUUUAUUAAAAGUUGAAAAUAUGAUUUGUUCUUGUUGAAUAUCAGAUUAAAACAAGUGUGAAUGUUUGUAAAAAUCCUCCAGGUCUGAGAUUUUAUAUCAGAAAAUCAGCCUCAUGUUUUAACCGUAGAGUUUAUUGAUUAUUGAUGAUUUAAUCAAGUAUAGAACUGUUCUGUGUGAGUCUGCAGCGCCCUCCAGUGGACAGAUGACUUCACUACAACCUGAACUUUAAUGAGAGAAAACAACCUAAACAAAUCUCCUCAGUUCCUCUACUUUAAAUUAAGAUUUAAAUUAAUGAUGAUAUAUUUUGCUUUAGUUUAUUAAACCAGCUUCAUGUUCAGAUCAGCUGAUUUGAAUCUGCAGCAGACAGAUUGGAGCAUCUCUUCUGCACAAACAGUAUUUGUCAAUCAGUUUCUGCUUUUAUCAAUAAAGUUGAUAUUUUCUGUCAAA